AUGGCAGACUCGGAAAUUGCCGAUGGACAAACGCAGGUUGUUGCGUGCGACCUCGAUGCCCCUGGCAAAAUUCACGUUACGAGGCCAUCGGGCGGAGCUGUAGAGCCAAACAGGAAGCAGGAGACCUUUGUUUUUGACACCGUUUUGCCUGGCAGUGCCGGUCAAGCGGCAGUCUACAACUUGAUAGGAAGUCCGCUGGUGGCAUCCCUUGCUGCUGGGUACCAUAGUUGCGUCCUGGCCUUCGGAGCGACGGGGUGUGGCAAGAGCCACACAAUCUUCGGCGGUCCUGGAGAGGCGCGGGGGCUUCUACCCCGGCUGUCGGAGAAGCUGUUUGCAGCCAUGGAUGCGGUGGAUGGCAAGACUAUUGCCACCCUCUCUUACAUGGAGCUCUACAACGACAAGGUCAGGGACUUAUUGCAUCCUGAACCCGGCGAACAACAUGAGGCACCCGCUGUGCUGGACGUCUGUGAGCAUCCGAAGGCUGGCGUCUUCGUCACAGGCCUCACCCGCAGCGUGGUGUCUGAUGCAGAGGAUAUCCUCAGACUCAUCGACUACGGACACAAGAUCCGAGUCCUUGCGUCAGCUCAGAGAAGUUCCCCAUCCUCCCGGUCCACCGCCAUUGCGAUGCUGCACCUGGAGCAGGUCCUGGCAGGAAGCAGCGGAACCUGGCCAGAGCAGAAGUGGCGACAUGCGAAACUGCAGGUCGUUGACUUAGCUGGGGCAGAGCACCUGCAUGCAGGAGAAGUGCCUCGACAGCGGGGAUCCUUUCAGAGCAUUGGCAGCAGUGGCCUUUCUGCGAUGGCCGAGAUGGUUGCAGCAUUGGCCAAAGGCACACGAGGAGAAAGCAGUCGGUACCACAUACCCUAUCGAGACAGCAAACUGAGCUUGCUGCUCGCAGAAGCCUUGAUGGGGAACUGCCGCACGGCUGUCGUCACCUGCGUUUCGCCUGCCUCCCGGCGAGCAGACCUCACCAGUUCCGCCCUGCGCUUUGGGGAGUCGGUGCAGAAACUGCACACUCGAUCCACCCGCAACGAGGAAGUCCAUGGAGACUUGGUUCAGACGCUGCGUGGUGAAAUCCACUUGCUCCGGCAAAGGCUGGAUCGGUGCAGCCCGGCCGAGAUCAGGGGCUUGGAAGAGCUGCUGCAAGCAGCGCAGUACUUGGAGGAAGAAUAUUCAGCCUCCCACGAAGAGCUGCAGGAGAGGAGCGCCACGGCAGAGCAGCAACGUCAGCGGAGCUUGCGGCGGCUUGGGCUCCGAGUUGGCGAGCCCUGGGAGCAGAAGGUCAGCGAUGGCCGCAUCUACGUGGUGAAUGUUUCCUUGGAUCCUUUGCUGUCCGGCUGCCUCACGUGGACACUCCUUCCAGGGGAGCAGCUGCAUAUUGGCAGCAAUCCGAGCUGCGAGAUUUGCGUGGACGGACUGGGAGUUCAACCAGAGGUCUGCUCUUUGCGAUGUGUGCAGGCCAGUCGACUCGAAGUUGUUCCGCAGCUCGUGGGCCACACGGCGAAGAAGUGCCAGGAUGGCCUGAUCGUGAGGAGAAGGAGCCUCUUCAAGCGUGCAGGCCCGCUGCUGGUCAACGGCCAGACAGUGGAGGCCACCCUAGCACUUCGAAGUGGGGAUGUUCUGCGAGUUGGAUGGGCACAUUUCUUCAGAGUUGUCAUCCCGGCUUGCGCCUCGGAAAACGACCGGCGACUGGGGCCACGCCCAGAGGACACCCUCGCGAUCGAGACGACCUAUGGCUUGACAUUCCCCAAGGAUGCCGAGCAGCUCAAAGAGCGCUUGGGCGCAGACCGAGCUGCACAGGUCCUUGGCGGCUUGAAGGACUUGAAGCUUGCUGUGGAUGAGGCAAACGAGCUCACCAAGGAACUCAGAGGGGACAGUGAUGAGGAGUUUUCCUUCAAGGGACAUCGUUUGAUGGAUCCCCUGAACAGCACAGAGGCGACCACGCUGGUCGUCUCUCUUCUGCGCCAGCGCCGACCGCCAGGCCAGGAACACUUCGAUGAAGACAAUGGGGGCUGCAAUGGGGAAGAAAGGUCCGAAGUGGUUGCAACUUGGACUUUGCCAGACUUUCAGCAGCGGCUGGAGGUCAUGAGAGAAAUUUACGACGAGGUUGCACUACGAGACCAGCCCUGGGGAGAAGAGGGCGACCUGGACCCCUGGCAGGCCCAGAGCCGGAUCCCAGUCCUAAAGGCCACGUCAGGGCCUGGACCUGAUGAAUCUGCCCACACACAGGAGGCUGCGUCCCUUCCUAUGUGGAAGCAGCUUUCCUCAGCCACGUCAGCGAGCACUGGGGCAGAGACGAGUGAAGAGCGGAUGGACAUGGCAGCGGUGUUGCAGCAGCUGCCGCAGCUGCAUGCAGAGUUGGCCAAGGCUUACGAAAUGCAGGAUGUCCAGGCCUCUGAGCUAGUCUCGGUGCGGCGCGAGAUCGAGGACCUCCGCAUGAAUCUGGCCAGGGCAACACCGUCUCCGGUGCGGAGGCCAGGCGAUCCCUCGCGAGGUUCAGGAACGCUGUCGCCUCUGCGCGGGGGCGAGGAGGCGGAGAUGCCUCUGCUGUCCAAGUCGAACCUGGUCCCCUCAACCCAGCCUGCUGGUGACGCUGUCGCUUCAGCUGCGGUGGCGGCUGUCCGCCAAACACCUCCCACCAGAGCUUCAACGCCUCGCCGCCCGCGGGCACCGGUUGCACCGGUUUGGAGAGGUGCCGAGGGACCGCGCAUUUCCAGUUCGCCAACCGGUCGGGCUAGCAAUGGGCCUUUGAUGUCCAGCGACUCUCCGCUGGCAGAGGCACUUCCGUCCCCGAGGAGUGAACUGCUGGAGGAGACGGCGAUAAGUGAAGACUUGCACGCGCAAGGCACCAUUGCGCGAGAUGUCAGCUUCGGUGCUGGCAUGCCGGACACAAUCAAGUACUACAUUUCAGCCCAGCAGGUCCCUGGCACCAGGUGGGCUUUGUCUUGUCUGGGCUAUGCAUGCUAUGCCAGCAUGAAGCCACAGGGAAAGAAGAGCCCUGGGCUGGACUCGGCAGUGAUGCAGCUGCGAGGCAGGAUUGCCAUCCUCUUCGGCCAGUCUGCAUCAGCUUCCUUCCACUCAAAGUGGGAGAUACUGAUGGGGCAGGGCGAGGUUCAGAACUGGAUGAAGAGCACACCUGGUCACGAUGUGCAGAUGCGGUAUCCCGGGGAGUGGAAGUUUGCUGGUGGGGUUGUAGACGCAGACGAGACCCCAGAGGAGGCAGCACGCAGAGAGUUGGAGGAGGAGUUCCAGGUCCCCGUGGCGCUCACCAAAGCCACCUGCAAACUCCGGCUCAUGAGCAUCAAGCAGACCAGGCCCAUCCGCAACAUCUCGAACAUCAUGUUCAACUACGUGGCCGCGGCUGAAGAAAACCCGUGGCUGCAGCAGCUGGAUGUUGAGGAGGUCAACUGCGCCUUGUCAAAUCGCCGCAGACUGCAUGCUGAAGCCAUUCGAGGAGGCAAUUUCUAUACGUUGGGGCAUCGUGAGCAGGAGAAGCUCGCUCCGGAAAUCCAUCAGGUGCGAUGGCUCGACAUGCGCUCUGCUGUGUGCGAUGCCUUCACCAGCAUGAAUGGCUCCUUCCAUCCAGUCAAUGACUUCCAAAAGAAGGAGUUCGAGCGGCUCGGCGUGAAGCGCCGAGAUCCCAUGUUCCUGACCAUGGCCACACUGCUGGAGGUGGACUCAUUCCCUUCGCUACGCAGCUUCAUCGCCUACUCAGACCGCCUGGAUCCGGGGAAGGAGCUGCAGCGAAUCCAGUGGCUUCGAGAUGGAAUGACACCAGAAGAGGUUGCCACGGUGUGGAGCGCCAAGAAGUCUCCCACGGAGGUCGCUGAGCGAGCAGGCAUGUUCCGCACUGCGGAGGAGCGGCUUCAGCUGUGGACUCGAAGGAAGGAGGAUUCAGAGGCCCGAUUGUGA